CAGUGGAUGACGUUCUGUAUAUUUGGAUGAGAGCUUAUACACUACACAAAAGCCAUGUUCACCAAUCAACCGUUGAUCAUGGAGCAGUGCAGUAGGAAAUAUCAAAGCCUUCUAGACUCCGUCGUACGAAGGAGACGCAGACGGCGCAGGGCUGGACAACUCCUGAAACGGCUUCGACGGUUCACGGAACCCGACGGUAUGGUCGCCCUAGCGUCUCUGAAACGCGAUGCUCUUCGACUGGCCAAAGUGGAUGACUUCCUGGACGAGGUAGUCCUCGUUUUGCACAAUUAUCUCUUCAGCGCCAACGAGAAUGUGGUCAAGCUGGCUCUGGACGUCGUCACAGGCCCAAUCGCUCGUCACUGUUACAGACUCAAGCUUUGCAACAUGGAGCACCUCAUCACUUCCUUGCUGCGGACUUUGAGGCAGCAGUCUCCUGCAGAGCACAUAUUUCUGCUCACAAGGUGUGCCAUGCAGCAGUUACUGCAAGCCGAGCCGGAGAUGACGACGGCAGUUCUGGGUAAGGUCCUCCGAGGCGGCAGCGAAGAAGCUAGUACUGGAACGAUUGUCGAAAUCUAUGUCCACUUGAUAUCCUACAUACUGACCUCCGAAGAAAUCUUCAUAUCCGUGCUGGACCGGCUCGUGUCCGUCAGCAUCCGCAGCCUGCUUCGAGACAGCAUGGCGCACCGCUUCUGUGCAUUUGAAGCCCUCUAUGCCCUCCACUACAGGUAUCUCAGCUUGCAGGACAUGGUGACGUACGCUGAAGAGAUUGGUCUCCCAGCGCCCCUGGUGGAAGCAUUGCGGAGACGACUCCAGAGACGCUACGUGCCGCCCUUCAAGGCAGACCGCCUGGUUCUUGUGUUGAUGAGCGACGCCGACUUUGAUUGGAUCAGUCGCGGUGGAGAACCAAUGUAGCGAGCACGGCAAUGACUCUCAUGUAUUGAUAGCACCUGAUACACCGUGUAUGUGGCACGGUGUAUCGGGGUUUCGAUGAGAAGUAAAUAAACCGAAAGAUAUCAUA